AUGCGUUCCUCCGCUAUCGCCCUUCCCGUCCUUGCUGCUGGCGCGGCGGCUCAGAGCUCAAUUACGAGUUCAGUGCAACGCCGUGAACGCACGUGUGAAAUUGCGAUAAAAGCAGUCCAGUACUCCACAGUAAUGUACGUCCAAGUGUCCCCAGACGCACGGUAUCCCGGGACAGGUCCACACUCCGGACCUUCAGUCUUUUGUUCGCACAUUUUCAGACCAGUGGUUGACAUGUUAACGUUCUGUAGCCAUUUCCGCAUCAGGGCACCAGCCUCCGGCAAGGAUCGCUGCGGUGUUGGCCAUGCUGUCUAUCGUUUCGUCAGCGCCGUCAAUUGACACUUUGUCAAUUACCCCCUGUCCAUUCAUGACCACGAGGGACUCUGUAAGAAUCGGAGGGUCUGAUAGAAAGCACGAUCAACGAAGACUGUGUCUCUCAGCUUUGAAAGCUGCUUUAACCUAAGAAGUGUGCA